CUCAUUCUAGAAAUCAGCGUGAGGUGAAACAGCGCAUCUCAAACCACUUGCUGCUUCACUUCAUUUCCUCUGAUUGUCUUGUGGUUGAUGUACUGUGAGAGCUCCUGCUGAACACAACACGGGUCAGACAUUUUAUCCAGCAAGGCUGAUUUUUGAAUUUAUGAGUGGGACCAACCAGAAUAAAUACUGUCUGGUGUCUGAUUGGCAGGCUUAGGCGAGAAGAAUGGACUUGAUCAAAGUUGUCACAGAGCACAGACCAGCCUGAUGUUCUUUUACCAGUUUGUGCCAGAAAAACAAACACUGAGCAGAGGACAUGGCGAACUGUUCAGAUGUCUACUCCAUUGUAUACACCCUCAGCGGUCUUCUCUCCUUCACCAUCCUGGUGUUCACAGUGCUGGGAGCCGUGUGCAUCAGAAAAUACCGAUCCGCUCUAAAGACAAUCAGAUUGCUCCGGCAGAACAAGAUGCUGAUGAGUUCUGUGCCUCGGGUAGAGCCUCCCCUCUUACCUGCGAGGCCGAUCCCAGUUGUGGUGGAGGAGGAGCGGGAACUUCCUCCCAAAUCUCCACUCCGACCCAGCACUUCAGCCAGGUCUCCGUCCAAGAAGCUGUGGAAAGGUCUGCAGCAACUGCAGCAGGAUCCUCCUUUCACCAAGUCAGACCUGAACCUUCUGCAGCUGAUCAAAGCAGGAAAGGAGGGCGUCUUCUACCAGGCCAGGAUGACCAGAGGGACGUGUAAAGGCCACAGCAUGUUCACCUGUAAGAUCAGCAAGGAAGGUGUCCGUCUCAAACACGUGGACAUGGAGGUUUCCAUCAUGAGAAAACUGAUGCACCACAAGAACAUCCUCCAGUUACUGGACUGGAACGCCACUGCAGAGCCCUACAUUCUGAUCAUGGAGUAUGUGAGCUACGGCACUCUGAGGACCUUCCUGCAGACCAACAGAGCCCACCUGAGUACUGACCCUGAGCUGCAGAGCCUCCUCACCAUUGCCUCCUACCACAUUGCUCUAGCCAUGCAGCACCUGCGCUCCAAAAUGAUCAUUCACUGUGACUUGGCUCUGAGGAAUGUCAUGGUCAACAAGUUUCCCUGGGAGGUGAAAGUGGCCGAGUUUGGUCUCGCCCGAGACUUGACGCGAAUGGCGAGCCGUCGCAGCAGUCGCUGGAGAAACCCACGUCAACGUGUACCCCUGCGCUGGUACCCCCCAGAGUACUUCAAGAACAACUACUACAGCUACAAGGGAGACGUGUGGGCGUUUGGCAUCGUGCUGUGGGAGAUGCAGACAUUUGGUACGCUGCCGUAUCCAAACCUGGAGACAUCAGAGCAAGUGGUGUACCACAUCUGUAUGGGUCACAAAAACACAAACCCAGAAGGCUGCAGACCAGAGAUACUUCACAUCAUGCGAGACUGCUGGCAGGAGCCGUACACCCUGAGGCCCUCGUUCACAGACAUCGUCUGCAUGCUGGAGAGCAUCAUGGAAAACGAUGCAGACUACGUGGAUGUGGAGAGUCCAGAGCAGGUGGUGACAGAUGAGGCCGAAAUUCAGGAAAACAAUCGUUUACGAGCAGCGAGUGUCAGUUUGGACACUAAUUUUUAAACGGGUACUUUAAAUCAUGCGUGUAGAUUUCAGGUGGGACGUAUCGCUCUCAUUACACAAGCUUUUAAUUCCUGCUGAAUAAAUGAAAGGAGCAGAAAACUUAUCAAAAAAGUUGUCAUAACAGUACUCGUCUCCAGCUGUGGUGUGCAUGUUUGUUCAAAAAUGAUUAUUUUAAAUAUAUACCUGUAGUUUUCAUUCUCUGUAUUUUUAUAUUCUUAGAUUAUUUUUCAUAUAUAAAAUAUUAGUUUUAUAUAACCAAUUUUUGUGGUAAACAGAAUUAAACUGUGUGUGUGAUCACAGUCUGCCGACUGUAUGCUGAUGACUGUCACAUUUCAGGACUUUGUUUUUGUGAAUGUAUCCUAACAGGCGCACACUUCAACUUCCUCUGACAACAGACACAAAUACUGACACAUUACCAGCUAAACACGGGACCACUGAAGGCUAAAUCAUGCCAAUGUGUGCACUGACGCAGCAUGAGUAAUACUAAAUGAGAAAAGUUGAGAAUAAUUAUUUGAAAGCAAUACAGAGAGCCUUUCUUCAUAAUCAUUCAGUGUCCACUGAUUUGUUACCUGGAGUCUAAUUGUUGUGUUUUCUUUACAAGGAUGUUUCAUCCAUAAACUAUUUGCAGAAAAGCUGCAAAGUGGUGAAUGAGAAUUCAUCACUUUGCAGAAAAUGUGCAAAAUUCAACAUACGUGAUUUUUUAGAUCGCAUUUGUGUUCUCGGCUCAACGUUUGAAGAACCUCUAUGAAACAAGAUGAUCACACAUGUAAAGUCCAACAGAAGGAGCUGUUCAGCAUUCAGCAGUCCUCUCUGAUAUGUCUGAUGUACCUUAUUUAAUAUGUCUGUAUUUUAACAGCAUUUCUUUAUUAAUUUAUUAAAAGCUUUCUCAGUGUUUGC